GGCUGCAUUAUGUGGCUUAUUGCGUUUAGAUUACACAUUACAUGAUUAACUGAAAAAAAAAACGAAAAUUUAAAAAUAUAUAAAGAGAAUUAACGAUUAAAUGGCGGGGAAUCCCAAGUAGGCGGAGGAAGCUCAACAAACGGUUGAUUUGAACCCAUGUCCGGGUUUGGUGUAACCGGAAACGGAUUAUCCGGUAUUGUUGGGAUGGACUCUAUUGGUGGUGCGAAUGACGUCACCGGCGGUUGCCAUGGAUUUGUGACCUCUGGCGGCGUGGUAAAGUCGGGAGUUUGGGGUGGGAAAUCUCCGAGGACUGGUGGUGUGGAGAAUACUGGAAUUGUCGGUGGAUCUUGUACGGUCGGUGGUAAUGUGAAAACCGGCGGGAUCUCUUGAACCGGUGGAGGCAAAAUCGGAGGGAAUUCUUGAACCGGUGGCGGCAACUCAUCAGCCGGGGGAGGUAAAAUCGAAGGAAGGUCUUGAACCGGUGGAGGCAAAGUCACGGGAAUGACUGGUGGCGUUAAUGUUGACUGGUCAAUAGGCGGUUCAAUGGUUACAUCAGGUGGUGGCGGUUGUCCGAUGACUAUAUCCGGUGGGAGAUUGUUUACUGGUGGAGGAGAUCCCGUGAUUAUAACCGGUGGGAGAUUGUCUACAGGUGCAGCUGGUGGCGUUAAUGUUGACCGGUCUAAAGGCGGAGGAAGGAGGAAAACUGGAGAUGGUGGUGGUGAUCCAGUAGUAAUAUCAGGCGGCGAAAACCAUGCUAGUGGUGGCAUGGGCGGGACGUCUGCGACUAGAGGCGGAGGAGGUGAACCGGUGAUUCCCGGAGCUCCGCCACCUAAUAGAGGAGGAGGAGAAACGGUGAUUCCCGGAGCACCACCGCCUAUAAGAGGAGGAGGGGGUGAACCAGCGAUUCCUGGAGCUCCGCCGCCAAAAAGAGGUGGAGGAGGUGAACCAGUGAUUCCCGGAGCUCCGCCGCCAAAAAGAGGAGGAGGAGGUGAACCAGUGAUUCCCGGAGCUCCGCCGCCUAAAAGAGGAGGAGGGGGUGAACCAGUGAUUCCCGGAGCUCCGCCGCCUAAAAGAGGAGGAGGGGGUGAACCAGUGAUUCCCGGAGCUCCGCCGCCUAAAAGAGGAGGAGGAGGUGAACCAGUGAUUCCCGGAGCUCCACCGCCUAAAAGAGGAGGAGGAGGGGAACCAGUGAUUCCCGGAGCGCCACUGCCUAAAAGAGGCGGAGGAGGUGAAUCUGUGGUUCCCGGAGCGCCACCACCUAAAAGAGGAGGCGGUGUCAUUGUAAAUGGUGGCUGUGAAACCGUGCCGCCAGGUAGAGGUGGUGGUGGUGAUAAAACUAAUGGAAGAGGUGGUGAGGGAAGAGAGGAAGAUAAUGGUGGUGGAAGAGGCGCAGAAGGUGGAGGAAGGGGUAGCACCGGAGAAGGCGUCACAGAUGGUGGUGGUAGAACAGGAAAUAAAGGCGGCAAUGGAGGGAGUAUAAAAAUCGGCGUAGGGACAAAUGGUAUCACCGGCGGUACUGGCGGCGGUGAAGCUGGUGCUGGGAUGCAAGUUAUGCAAGGCUGGGGAGGAGGCGGUUCCGGGGCUGCUACACAAGUAAUGCAAGGCUGCGGAGGAGGCGGUGGUGGUGGAGAUGGUGGAGGUGGGCAAGGAACCGGAAUCGGAGGAGGCGGUGGUGGUGAGCAAGGAACCGGAGUUGGCGGUGGAGGUGAUACUUGUACACAAGUAACACACGGUGGUGGUGGUGCACCGUUGACUAUGAUCGGAGGCGGAGGUGGUGAGCAAGGUGUGACUGGGAGUGACGGUGGGGGCGGAAGGGGAAGAGGUGGUGGUAAGGUCGCCGGAGGUGGCAAGAAAGGGUUUUGAGGACAAGGGUCAAUCGGGAAAUUCCAUUGACCGCAAGUUCCGAAAAUGCACCGGAAAAACACGUCACACCUUGUUGAGAAUGCUUCUCCGUUUCUACUUCGGCUUCUUCUUCUGCUUUUGACUCUUCUAUUCCUUCUAUCUAAACCUUUCUUGUUUUCGUCUCUGUGUCUGUGACUGUUGUGUGGAUUCUCAAUUGCUUCUGUUAUUGUAACACUGAUCAAAAGAAGUGUAACUAAACAUCUUAGUACAAGUUUCUUCAUAUUUUUCGUAAGGCAUGCAAGAACUAAACUAUGCAUGUGUAUGUAUUUAUAGUCGAAUCAUUGAUUGUCGAGUAUGUAUGAUUUUUGGCAAUUCUUAUGUUUUGUCUCUCUACCAAAGACUUUAGUUUUGUAAGGAUUCAAUGAAUACAUUUUGGUAAUAAAGGACAAUAUUUAUUUGGU